AUGCCUGAACGGAAUCAGAUAUUUGAGAAUCCAAUCUUCAAGUUUGCAAUUUUAGAGAAAUCAAAACGCAGUUUCUGCAAGGGGCUUCCAGAAAUUUUGUUGAUCAAGCUUCGUUUUUUGGUUUCCUAUUGCUGGGAAUGUGAAUUCUAUACAAGAAUGCCAUCGCGUUUCCAGUCAUUCAAAUAUUCACCAUAUAUAGUUUGUUGUGUCAAUAAACGUAAGAGCCAGGCCAGAGAAAAGAAAGUUCCAGCUUUCGUCUAUCUUCAAUCAUCAAUCAUCCCACAAGCUGAAGAAAGUAACAAUUCACCUGAUUGUGUGAGAAAUUCUUUUUCGAAUAAAUCUACUAGAAAUUCUAAUGCUGUUGGAAUUAUUGGAGGUGUGAUGGCAUGUUUCUUGAGAAGUCUGGAGUUUCUUGCGUUCUGGAAGUUCUCUGUGAAUCAGAGUUCUAGCCACCAAUGCAACCUUGACAGCGAGAUUUAUCAGGAAAAGCUUCAAAAUGAGGGUUUUGAGGUUUUACUGCCAGAUAAAGCAACAGUGGAACACACUCUGAUUCCUGCUGUGGAAGCUUUAAGCAGAGAAGACAUUAGAGGAGCACAGAAUUUGUUUAGAAUUGCUUUGCAAGUUCUACUGGUCAGGGCUGUCAACACUGUUAUCCUUGCCUCUGAUGCGUUCGGGAACUUUUGCCACCGAAUGAUCCUCUAUGGAAGAAAUGCAUCGACCCGAUGGAUGCAUUAG